ACGCUGCCGCACUUUUUUUCAAGAAUCGCCGCAGCUGCGACACAGGAUUAGAAAAGCGAACUACGCAAUCGCCGCCAUGUUAGUAAAGGAAAGUGAAGCCACAGUACGCGCGAGUUUUACAGCAAUCGAUCCCAAAAAUGCCAACAAGUUGCUCGGCAAUGGGUUGCAGCUCCGUUUACAGUAAGAACGGAAGUGUCAGCUUUCACAGGUUUCCAGUAGAUCCUAAGCGCAAGGAAAUCUGGAUCCAGAAUGUCCGACGAGAGAACUUCAUCCCUGGUCGAUAUCAUUUUUUAUGCUCUAAGCAUUUUCAACCUUCCUGUUUUGACCUGACUGGCCAAACAAAGAGACUAAGAGGUGAUGCUGUCCCCACGGUAUUUAUUAAUGAUUCAGGGAGCAAGUGUAAGGAACAGCUGGAUCAUGGACCCCCUUCAGGACAAGUGAAUACAGAUGACACAAUUAACCCAACUGGCAGCAACUGGCUUGUGCAUUUAGAUCAUAACUACAAUUUCAGAGAUCCCCAGCAAGCUAAGCAAAGAGUGGUCAUUUUGGAAAGAAAGCUGUCACUGCUGCGGAAAAAACUCAAGACCUUCAAACAGAAAGAACGCAGGGCUAAGAGGAGACAGAUGAGGAAGGCUGUUGCAGUGCUGAAACCCGGACUGCUGCCUGCUACCAGUAAUGAGACUCCAGCACCAGUACCCCUGCUGUCACCUUCUCUGCCACCACCGCCACCCCCUCUUUUUGUUUUUUUGCCUUUGAACACUUCAGAUCGAGUCUCUCAGGAGCAGCUGCCUUGAAAUUUUGUAACCUGAAAAUAGUACUUUUUGAUAGGCUUGAACAACAUGCACAAUGUCAACCAAAGUUAAGAGAAUUAUGUGUGCCACUCUUGCAUUUCAUAUAUUUUGUUUUCCUUUGAUGACAGCUUUCAGAUGAGUUUGACAUUGGGAACGGCACUUGUGUGGAUUUGGACGUCAAAGUGUUGCAGACCUUUGGUGUAAAUUUAAUAUUCGUUCAUGCUGUGUUAGUAGCUCUCCAGCUUUGGAUUUCAAUGUCUUUUGCUAUUCCCAGCUCAGAGUGACAGGGGAACUCACUCCUGCAGUUGCUCAAGCUAUGUAUCCUGGGAAAAUCAAUGUGUCUCCUGCAAUGAAGCCCAUGGAAUUUGAAGCUUGGUCUUGAGUGGACAUCUACUGUAUAGAUGCUGCUAAUGAGCCGUUCUGUAAUGGAAUAAGUCUAGUU